AGGUAACACAGAGGAUUGUACUAUAAUGGUUGUGAACUUGAAACCUUGAUAUUUAGUGCUGGAUGAUGACGAAAAAUGACAAAAAGAAAAAUGGCAGAUAGAAAAAUUCGACAGCUGCUAUACCUGUUAUACGAUUUAUGCAAAGACAGUUUGACAGAAUUCUUCAUAUACAACUGUCUAAACGAUAACCCAACAGAAGAAAAUUUGCUGAAAUAUGUGACGGAUCACAAAGGACAACUUUAUCAUCAUGUGACAUAUUCCUCCUGUCACGUGUGUUCAAAAUCAAAUAGUCAUAAUAGCUGUGCACAAGGGAACAAACAAUUAUUUCAAUCAUUGUUUACAUUUUCUGAAGAAUUUUUAACGACUGAUAUUAGAAAUAUUUCUUUAAAAAGAAUUAAUAUAGAUAAUCUAGAUUUAUGGACUGUGCAGUAUUUGAUGUUAGCAGACAAUUUAGAGCCUGAACAACAUCAGUGGAUUCGGUUCCUUUAUGAGAAAAGGCAAGAAGUAACUAAUAAUUGUUUUAAAAAUAUAAGUGAUCAAGACUUUAACCGCAUAUGGACUGACACAAGAGAAGUUAUUUUAAACUUUUUACGUGUAUUAAAAUGCCGAAAGAAUGAAAAGGAAUUUGUCAAACGUUUAUCCAUUUUAAGAAUGGCCUCUCCCGAAUUGUGUGACAUAGAAGUUUAUUGGGAUAUGAUGAAAGAAGAGUUCAGUAUUGCAGUAAGUAGUUAUUUUAUAUGA